UUCACUCCCUGACUUGUGGAGAACUCAAGAGUCUGAGGAAAUCAUUUUUCACCUCUAACUAUAAAAGAUGACCCCCCCACCUCCGCUGCAAGACCGCAAGUCUUAUUUUCCCAUCGCCUGUCUGCGCCUGAUUUUUCUACCUUUUUCUGGAAAACAUUGUACUGGCAACAUGGCAGAUGUGAAAAUGUUCCGGGAGGUUCUUCCAAAACAAGGGCAACUGUCGGUGGAAGACAUAACCACAAUGGUGCUGUGUAAACCCAAACUUUUACCCUUAAAAUCUCUGACUCUGGAAAAACUGGAGAAAAUGCAGCAAGCAGCACAGGAUAUCAUUCGCCAACAGAAAACGGCAGAAGAGGAAAAACGGGAAAAAGCUCACUGACCAAUAAACUUAGCACUUCAGAAAGCAAAAAAAAAAUAAAAUAAAAAAAAAAAUGUCCUUUAUAUAAUUUAAGUGCUAUAUGAAAUUUAAGUUUUGUGUUUUGCUUUUUGCCAUGCUGAGUAUGGUUCCUAGGGCCUAAUACCAUGCUAAGGAAGAAAUUAAAGAGGUUUUUGAAAGACUGCAAAUAAGUGUACUCCCAAUAAAGAAUCACCACUGCUUCACAUGUUUUAUUUUGUUGUACAUUCUUACAGAACCAGGUUCAUUUUUCCAGUUUUGUAGAAAAAUAGAUGUUCCAGCCACCAUUUACUUAACUGUCUAGUCUUUAAAAGACCAAUCAAUAUGUUCCCUGGAAAGACGACUAAGUCUCAUGACUCAUUUUUUAGAAAUUCUUUAAGACAAAAAAAAAACUUUUUUUUUUUUUUUUACUCCCAAAGCACAGUAUUUCAACAGCAGCAGCCAACAUGGGGUUUAGCAGCUUAACUUUACCCCCUAAAUAAAGCUUUGUAUAAACCAGUGAUUUUACUACAAAAAACACUGUCCUUAAAAGAAAGGAGUGGCAGUCAGACAUCAAUGCAAAACUUGGAAUGAUUAGGUCAUAAACAUGGCACUUACAAAAGGUAGCUUAUUAGAAUAUUCCACUUAAGUGGUUAUUUUUCUCUUUCCUUUCUACCCUCAAAAAAAAAAAAAA